AACGGUAUUGUCUCCUUGGCCGGAACCUGGGUUGCGGAAGAUAAAGGGGACCUCGCAGGCUGUGUAACUUCUGCGAGGCACCGCUUUGGCGCCCGGACCGAGAUCGGCCAGGAUCAGGAGGCCGACGCAGCGGGAAGAAGCCGCGCAGUCGGGCUGAGGGAGCGGGGAGGCUGGUUCCGGGGCGUGGAUUCCCCGCCUUGGGCAAGGAAGAAGAUGCAAGCCAGCCCCAUCCGUAUCCCAACUGUUAGCAAUGACAUCGACUGGGAUUUCUGCUUCCGUAUGUCACAGCAAACCGAGAUCCCAGCUCACCAGCAAACAGAUAAGUUGUAUCACACCAGUGGAUGUGGAGAGAGUGAAGAGGAAACUAAAGCUAAAGAAGAGGAGAAGGCCGUAGACUGUAUGUCUCAUCCCAAAGAGAAAUUAGCCCAAUCCCAGAAGAAAGUAGCUCAGCUGAUUAAGGAAAAAAUGAAUACUCAAGCAAACAAGGAGCUGAUUCGAUGUGCCAUCCUUUCUCGGAUUAUUUUUGGGGACCAUCACUGGAAAUGUGCACAAGCUCUGACCAACCUAGCUUAUGGCUACUUGACACUGAGAGGCCUCCCAGUUCAGGCCAAGAAACAUGCUGUGUCAGCCAAGAAUACACUGUUGACCUGGAAGGCAAAUACGACCUCAGAUAAGGAGAAAGAGGAAAUCCUGGAAGCUCUGGUCAUGCUGUACUACACUCUGGGGGUGGCCUGGCUCUUGCAGAACCGUGGCAGAGAAGCCUAUUUCAACCUGCAGAAGGCAGAGAGAAACAUGAAGGAGCUGAAAGAAUUAUAUGAAGGAGGCGUUUGUGAAUUACAAGUCUCUGAGAAAGACCUAACACUUGCUUUGGGCAGAGCCUCCUUGGCCAUCCACAGAUUGAACCUAGCACUGACAUACUUUGAAAAGGCAAUUGGCGAUGUUAUUGCUGCCAAGGGUGACAGGACGUCAGAUCUGAUCAGCCUGUAUGAGGAAACUGCUCAGAUCGAGCAGCUAAGGAGGAACCACAACCAGGCCAUCCAGUACUUGCAGCAGGCUCAUUCUAUCUGUGUUUCUUUGUUCACUGAAGUCAGCCCCAAAACUGCAGAAACGAGUGCGUUACUGGCCAAAGCUUAUGCCAUGUCUGGAGAGGCCCAGCACAGGGAUGCUGUUGAGACAUAUUUCAUAAAAAGUAUCAAUGCAUAUCGAGCAACACUGGGCUCAGAGGAUUUUGAAACACUGAGCACCACUGAAGAAUUUUGCAAAUGGCUUGUCCAAAAUGGAGAAAAACAGACUUCAGCAUCUCACUGGAGUAAUCAAUCCCAGAUGUCCUGGAACUCUGCUAGUUUUCCGAUAUACUCUCCUGCUUCUUACCUCACCUCUUCCGGAAACUCGUUGACUACACUCACUGGACUUUCAUUGCUAGGAGCCCGAAUUCUUGUCUUCUGAAGCCUGUGCAAAAAAGCUAAAGUAGAAAUGGCCCCUUGAAAUCAGAGUUAAUUUCAAGGUUAAAUGAUAGUUGCAAGGGUCUCAAAUAAAACUUUGGUGUACAGAAAGGGCAUAGAAAAUAUUGGAUUUGGAAAUAAACUUUCUGGUUGUUUAGUCUAACUUUUACCUAAAUCACAAAUGUACUUCAGUUGUAAUCAUGUACAUAUCUAGCUCAUUUAAGCACUAGAAAUACUAAUAUGUUUAAGAUAGAGUCCCUUAUAUGAAAGUUAGUCUGUAUUAAGUCUUUAAUAGAAAUGUAAAGGAAAAGGGCAAGUAAUACAUCAUGAGGCUAGAAAUGUGAGUGGAAACUCUGCAUAGGCUGGGGGCUGGGUUGCAGGGUCUUCGAAGAAAAGUAGACAUAAGCAGGUAGACAAGAAGCCAGAGGAGAGUAUUCCAAGUUGCAUGAACAGAAGCAUAGUGGCGUAGAUACCCAAUAUCACGGAGGAAAAGCAAGUGACCUUGAGUGGUUGUAGUUUAAGGUACUUGAGGAGGGACGUGCUGGACAUGAGUUUGGAAAGACAGACUGGGGCAAGAUUAUGGAAUUUUUAUGUGCUGUGCUAAGGCCUUUAGAAUUUAUUUAGUAGACAGAAAGCAACCAUCAAAGAGUUUUGGGCAGGAUAUGACAUGACCAAUUAUUGGCUUUAAAACAUUACCUCUGGCAACAAUGAGAAGGAUAGAUGGUACCUAGGGAGAAGUGGGGAGAGCAGUUAGGAGGUAGAUCUGAUAGUCCAAGGGAGAGAUGUUUAGACCCUUAAUUAUCUAAAGCCGUAGUAGGAAGAAUGUGUAGAGGAUAGAUCGAGAAGCUAUAUGGAGUCUGUAUUGAGAGACCAUAGGACCAGUCAGAUGUGAGGUUUAAUAGAGGCAGGAAUCAAAGGUAGUGUUGAAGUUUCUAGCUUGGGCAACUGGGUUAAUGGCAAUGUUAUUAAAUAGUAUUGGCAAGAGGAAUAAUCUUGGAGGAUGUCUAGGGUGCCUGAGGGAAGAUGGUUUCCACUUUGGAUAUGUUUGCAGUACCCACAAUACAUCCACUUGGCAACAGCUGUUAAGUUGUUGGCUGUAUGGGCCAAGAGCUCAAAGAAAUGAUUCUGAAGCUAAUGGAAUGGGUAAGAUAACCCACGGAAUACAUACAUGUGAAACAAGAAGGCCUAGGAAAGAACUUUGGAGAAUGCUUCCACUUAUUUCAGAGAGAAUAUGGUGGUUUGGUAGCAGAACAGCUGGGGCUCAAAUUUGAGCUUUCCCACUUAUAGUGGGACUUCCUAAGGCUUACUUUCUUCAUCUGUGAAAAUGCACAUAAAUACAGCACUUCAUUUUAAGUGCUUUACUUACUGUAUGGCACAUAGUAAGCUUCUGUGAAAUGUUAAUUAUUGUAAUUAUCAUUAUUGUAUUAUUUAGGGGUCAUGCAGAAAGAGGAACUGAAAAGGAGUCUCUAAAAAAGUCCUUAAGAAUUAAGAGAGUCAGAAAAAAAUAAAGGACAAAGUUUUAAUGAAAGAGAGGCCAGUGUUAUUGUUACGAAAGACAUGAGGAGACACUUCGAAGAGGAAGAAAUGCGUAUGACCAAUACACACACACACACAAAGAUUUCCAAUUUCAGGCAGGAUUCAAAACAUAAAAUACCAUUUUUACCCUAUUGUUUUAGUGGUAAUGACAAAUACAGGUAGUAAAACCCAGCUAUGUAAAAGGUAUGGGGAGCUCAGCCCUCUCAAUACUCUAUUUAUAUGAGACUGUAUGUUGAUUGCACCUUUUUGGUGGAUAUGUUGGGAAAAGUUAAUAGAAUGUUUAGAUGCAUGGAACUUUUGACUCUGAAAGACCACUUCUAAGAUCUGUCUUUUGAAAUCCUUGCACAAAAUAUGUAUUUAUAAAUAUGUGUAUAUAAAUAUACACAUAUACAUACAUAAAUAUGUCUUUCUUUUAGAUUUGUGGGAAAAAUUCAAAUGUCUACCAGUAGAAAUACUAGCACGUUUAUUGCUGUACAAUAUGGUCAUUCAAAGGCAUGAUGUAGAGCUUUAAGUGUCAUGGAAGAAUAUUCCCAUAUAUAUUGUUAGGGCUAAAAACAUGAAAAGUACACAUUAGUGAGCAAUAUAUGUAGCAUAACUCAUAAGUAUAUGUAAAUAUGUAGUUAGUGAAAAGAAUAGUACUUAUCUCUAGGACACAGGAUUAUGGAGGACUUUCAAAUUCUAUGUUAUGUAUUUCUGUGUCAUUUUACUUUUAUUUUUACAAUAAAUGUUAUUUGUGACGAUAAAAAAGAUAUAUUUUAAGAGUAUGGUAUAUGUGUCAAAUAUUAAGAGAGUGCCAUGUAGUGGUAAGGAACGGACUAGUGCCAGAUGGCCUGGGUUAUAAGC